UUUACGCCUCAACAUUAACACAGGAUAAGGUUCGUGUGCCCUCAGCCCAGACUGCUACUAUUAAACGUAACUACAACGGACAACUAAAAAUGUUUAUUAAUGUUUAGAAUAAUUAAAUCAGGCACAGUGUGGGGCUGAUGUUUAGUUGUUGCCGUGGUAACGAGGAGGUUUUUUUCCCUGCCGUCGCCGACCGCCUUUGCAACGAGCGGAGCUCCAAGAGGCCUUAGCAACGGCAGGGUGCAGCCCGGGAACGGUCGGAUGAAGACAGCUAUGCCAGCCCAGUGAGCGGACUCUGCAGUUAACUUUUCACUAGAAAUACUGGAAAACUGUUGGAAAUGUGUGAUGCGGUUAGUGAUGAUGUUCGUCCUGAUGAGGAUAGCAAUAAGCUAACUUCAACUGUGUGUGAAUACUUGAAGGAUCAACUAGAGUCCACUCCAACUUCUGAACAAAUGUUGGACAUAUGCGUUUGUUUUGGUGAUGGAGCAAAAUCUGGGGAGAUUGACAAGCUAGACUGUGACAUUUUCAUGCAUUUAAAGGAACAAACAGAAUUACCCAAACUUAAGGAUAAGCCACAAGCCAUUGAACAACAUCCACCAUCAAGUCUCCAGAAUGACUUCAUCCCAGAAGAAAUCCUGCUGGCUUUGACAACUAUGACAAAUUCAUGCUGUCGUGAUGAACCCCUUGGACCAUUGGUGAAAAAUAAAACUCGAAAAGAUUUUAAGUUACAUCACACCCAACCAACUGAUCGUGUAUGGCAUCACCCAACUCGGAGAACAAAAUUCAAGUAUUUGAUAGAUCAGCCUGUCUCAGUGGCCCGAGCUGGAAGGGAUAUCUCAUUUUUAUGUGAUGCUGUAUAUUCCAAAUGCUCUGAGCAGUCCGUACCUCCUGUAUCAACAACCAUGGACAAGAGUGCUGUUCGGGCUCAACUUGUAAAGCAACCUGUCGUAAAGCAGUUUGAAAUUCCUGAGAGCCUGAUACCAGAUGACUACCAUAUUGUGAAGAAUUGGGGAGUCUUAGGAUUGGAAUACUAUGAAGAUAAAUACACAACCCUGCUGCAGGACCAUGAGAAGAAAUUGAGGGUAUUUCCAUCCAUGAAACCCAGUGGCAGAGUUGAGGCCAUUCAGCUGUCUCAAGUGAUGGAUGCAAUGCUGGAAAAGGUUGGGUUUAAUGAAGAUACUGAACAGCAAUUCAAAGGAGAAACACAGAUGCAUCAUUUGUUGGACCUUGUGAAAAAAGAGCAAGACAUUUAUAACAUUGUAUUUCAUGAGCUUAUUCGUCAAGUCAGCGUGGAUUGUGCAGAGCGAGGAGAACUUCUUGCCAAAAUCAGAGACAGAUAUGUAAAUUUGUUGGACUACAUUCCUCGCCACUUGAAUAGCAUGCACAACGAAAUCAUGAUGCAACGAGUAUUGGACAGGCAACUUAUUGUGGAGCUGUUUGUCUUUCAGAAUGCAGUUGAAAAACUUAACAGUGAACUUGGUGAGCUUCGAGAACGUGACCACAAGGUGGCAAAGACCAUACAGAAAACACAGAUGGAGCUAACUGAUGCAUUGCUUGAUGCGCAGAAAAAUGCCAAUAUGCUGGAUGAAUAUCACCAGUUGUAUGAAUUGCAGAGAAAAAGAUUGAUUGCCCAAGUAAAUGCCUUAACCCAGGAGAAAGACUGGUGGAAUGAAGCAGCCUAUAGCCUAGCAUUGAAGGUGAUUGAGGAACAAAAUCUCAAACUGGUUCAUGAUCUUCAAGUCAGUGAGAAACUCUGGGUCAAAAUUUCGCAACACUUUGCUGCAUUGCUUGGCACAAAGGAUGCAGAAGACCAGACCGAACUGCAGCAAAUCACUGAGCACUGGAGAAGGCGAAUGACAAAGUUCACUAAAAAUCUAGAUGAUGCAGAGAAUUCAAGUCGGGAAAAACGAGAACUGAUUCUAUCUGGCUUCAAGAAAUGGCACAAAUAUUUUUCUGAAAAAAUUGUGAGUCCUCUGGGAAUGAAAUCUGUUCCUAAAGAUAUGUUGUAUAAGCUGAGAAAUGAUCUAAAAGACUGGCAUGAGAUGAUUACUCAAGAUUAUGCAAGAUAUGAGGGGUCAUCGUUCUUGACUACACAAGAAGUUCUAUUGGAUAUAGUACAGCUGCAAAACAAUUGGACAGAUCUCGGCCUAACUUUGUUUGAACGUCACCGGUGGUCCACUCAUGAGAAAAUGCCUGAGGAGAUAGCAAUGCAAGAAUUAAACAGCACUGUGAUGGCACUCUCUCAAAUUUACACCAUCAGGCUAACAGGGGAAAAUGGCACUGCUUGGUAUAUAAUGAAGCUACAAGAUAUGCUUGAAUCUUGCCGGGUUAAAUUCGACUACGCCAAUAUGGAAGAUAUAGGAUUGGUAGAAUUUGAUUUACUGAAGCUUAAUGAACAGUUUCCCACUUUGAUAAACCUACUGGAAGAUGCAAUGAGUCUGGCAGCGACCCUUCAAACUGAGGAGGAGAGACAGAAUAAGCGGCCUUAUGUCAGUCUGCAACUUGGAGACGUGAUUCAGAAGAUGCAGGACUGGUUGAUGGCACUAUUUAAGAUGAUAACCCACAUGGACACCAAGCUCACGCAGCAGAUUCUCAUCGUUCAAGGUGCAAUGAGCCACUUGUUGGUAGACCUAUUGCUCCAAAUGGUGCAUGACCCGAUUGCUAACAUAAAUAAAAAACACUUCACACACCUACCUUAUCCGGAUACACCUGCAAAGCUGGAGGAGAAAGCUCUGAUGGUGGCCAGUCAGCUGAAUAUUUUAUCAACACAACUUUACAGCUGGUGCCGAGAUAUAAUUGAGGCAUUCGUUAAGCAACGUACAGCAUUACACUUUGAAGAUUCUGACAAUGAACUGAAGGAACUUGAAAAACUUAAGGUGGAAAGCAAUGAGUGGAUAAAUAUCUGUGAGAUGCUGCUUUCAGAAAUUAAGCAACAACCAGUCCAGUUGUUGUCACCCAGAAGUGAAGAUGUACAAUCGCAGAUCAACCUGACGCGUGACUUAUGCGCUGCCUGCUUGCGGGGCUCAGCCACCGAAAUACUAGGGGCGACUGAUUCUGAACUAUCUGUGCUAUUGCCAGGAGAAAAAGAAAGUGCUGUUGGGGCUAUGACCACUGAAUCUUUCCAGAGAUUGAGCACCAUGGAUGAUACUGAGACCAGAGAUCAAAGUGGAUUGGAAGAAGGUCAAGCACUUCAGAGCCAAAGCAAAUCCACCCUGAAAUUUAUUGGUGAUGAUACUAACAUCCAUGAGAGAAACUUGAGAGAAACUGCUACUCCUGUUCCAAAGGUUGGCAUCGAUGCUGUCGCUCCUAAACACCCCAAGUCAGUGAAGGCUUUUAAGCAACUGACUGCUAUCGGAAUGUUACAGCAGCAGCUUGUAGAAACGGAGCAGCGUGCCAUGAAUGCUGAGGAACGGGCAUCUUUUCUGGAUGAAAAACUGCAUGAAGCUUUGGAUAAAAUUAACGACCUGACACUAGAUUUGAAGACAGAAGAAUCAAAGAACCAGCAUCCGGAGCCAGCAAAAAAAUAUUUUGAACAUUGAAAUUUUGGGAAGAAAUGAAGAUAAUUUUCAGUCAAGAAGACAACAAAAGAUAAGAAUGAAAGAAACACGUAUCAGAACAUCAUUAAAACUUUCUAAACUGUCUGUGUUCCUCCUAAUGUUCUUCUAAAUGAAAUAGAUUCUAUCUUUUGUAAAACAGAGUUAGAGAUUACCUAAAGCAUACUAACCCUCUUUUGAAUUCUGAAUUCUGCCAAGUGUGUACCAUUAUCUUAAAAA